AUGAAUGCAGGCGCAGCUUCUUGGCUCCUAUCGCAUCUAGGUGGCGCGGUUUCAUUGCUUGCAAUGAUGGCCAAGUGGCUGCUGCUUUGCAGUCUCAACGUCCUCAGUGCGCGCGCAGAUCAUCACUGCACCAAGGGACGGCUCUUCAUCUCUGACAAGAACGAGGCCAAGCUGCACGUUCUUGACCUGGAUGAUAUGUCGACUUCCGCAACCUUCAACGUGCCGAUUCCAGGAGCACGCUUGCUGGCUACGGACACAGACAUGGCCACGGUCCUUUGUGUUGACCGCGGGACUGACCAGAAAGGAUCAGUACACUUCUUCAACCCCGGUAUUUCUCAGGAUGACCACGGCGAUCAUGUAGAUGUUGUCAAGAGUACCCCAGCUGCGUACGACUUCAACGUGACAGGUUGGAAGCCCACGCACCUGACCUACUCAGCUGGCUACAUGAGCGUGUUCAUGGAUGGCGUUUGGUCUCCAAAUCCGGACGAUGAGAUGCAAAACUCAUCUGCCGUCUUCGUCAAAGAGUCUAGCUUGUCCACAACUCCAUCCCUGCUUGAGGUGCCCGUUGAGGGAGCUCACCAUGGGGUAGCUUAUGCACUCAGCGACGACCAUUUCGUCGUGUCAGUAACAACCACGCCGAGGCUCACGCGCGUCUCGGGCGCGUCGUCCUUGCCAGACCAUUUUGUUGUGACAGGUCGUUCGGGCGAAGUCCUGACCGAACUAGGCAACGCCUCCUCACCAAGCUGCCCGGCAUUUCACGGCGCGGCCUAUGUCGGCAAUACUCUCGUCACCGGCUGCGCAGGUUCCUGGUUCCGCAUGACUUUCACAGGCCAAGCCGCAGAGCCCGCAACAUGGGAGAAGGUCGCAUUUCCAAGCCCUCCAGAUGCUACAGGAGUGGCAUUCAGGUCUGGAACAGUAAGGAAGAACAAGGUGGCUGGACUCUUCGUCGCUGACCUCUCCCCGCUGGACCGUUCUCCCACACCCAGAUAUGUGGCAUCCAUGUCUGCAACUGGCAGCGUGGCUGCCGGCAACUUGAUGAAGACAACCCGCUACCCAAAUGACAAUGAUGCGUGCCAUUGGCAAGUGGACCUGGCGUCCGAUGCAGCUGGAACACAUGUGGCCGUGUUGAGCAAGGACGGGAAUCUGUCUGUGGCGGAAGUGAGCGCCAAUGCAGCUGGGACUCCGGUGGUCGCGCCGGUCUUCGAGAGCGCAAUCGACUGUGGAGACACAGCCAUGGUUGCGGGUCAUGGAGUGAUGUACAUCAUCGUUGCUGGCGACACCCCGCGUCUUCUCACUGUCAGCCUUGCUGAGGUUCUUGCCGGCCACGCAGAGCAUGCUGUGUCGACCCAGGCUUUGGCGUUCACGCCCUCGACGCAGGCUGCUUUGGCACUGCCACCCUCCGUGGCAUGCGCGUCACCAGCCCAUGAUCAUGACCAUGGCAGUGAAGAGACUUCGGGCACCACCUCGAUGCUGACAUCUUUGUGGCCACUGCUUCUCGCAGCGUCCCUGUGGAGCCGCUAA